CUCUCGCUUCCCGGUCAUCUACCAGUUUUCUACUCGUAUAAGAAAGACGUUUAUAAAAGUUCAAAAAGUGGUUCCAUCACAUUUGUGUACUCAACAAAGAAACGAUGCCGUAUAUUUUUGUAACGGUGCAGUCCGGUGGAUGGGAUUCUUCGUUGCCCAUCAACUUGGAUUAUUCACCGGAAUUAGAUCCAGAGAUACAUAGUUUCCUUCGUGAACAGGAGCAACACCAGCACCACGUGAAUCAACGAGGUGUAUCGAAAAAACCUGAGGCCAAGGGAGCUGUAGCUACCCAUUGUGAAUUAAGACUGAUCCUUGACGGGCUGGAGAAACUUGGCUUUCAACUAGUAACCACUACGUCUUACUCGUUUCAAGGCCGAUCACAUAACGAAUUCAUUAUGCAUCGUGAGUUGGCUCCUGUAAUGGGUGAUGGACAUGGAUUGAGUGCACAGACCUCAAACAAAACUGAAAAAAAUAGCAAUAAACAUCACCAGCGAGAUCACAGUAGCAGCAGCAACCAUAGUAUUGGUGAAGGCAACAGAAAAGUAACAGAGUCUCGUGUAAGCAACAAUCGUAACCAGCCUUCGUCACCUUUGCGUAACAUACCUGGCAAACAAACACAAAGACAUCUUUAUUACUGAUGCAUUUGAUUUUCAAUAAUAAUUACGGAUAAUCGGUACCUCUGUUCAUAUCUUUUAAAAAUACAAUUACAGUUUACAAAUAUAUCAUUCGAUAUCCAAAAUUAUGAUACAACUUUCAAUUCUGUUCAAUAAAAUUAUUUCUUUAAGUUUUA